AUGAGGAAUAUCAGCUUGGGACUGGACGAUUAUUUCAUGCUGGUUGCAAUGUCUAUGGUGAUCGUCUCGUCGAUAGUUGUCAUCUUAGCUGUUACAAAAGGAGGCGUGGGACACCAUGCGAUCACAAUGGAAGGAAAAGGUGGCUUGGGACCACACACGACUUAUGUCAGUUUUGCAGACAUUGAAUUUGUGCUGAAGAUGAUUAUUAUCUGUCAAGCACUCUACGGAGUCGGUCUCGCCCUUGUCAAAACGUCGAUGAUGAUCCUCUACUACAAGCUUUUCGGCUCGAAGCCGACAAUGCGAAUUGCAAUCUACGUGACAGGUGCGAUCGUUUGGGCCUGGGCUCUGAGUAUUGUUCUAGAGUCUUUUCUUCUUUGCCAACCAAUCGAGUUUAACUGGAACCCCACGCUGCCAGGCGGCAAAUGCGGGAAUCGGAACGUUGCCUUUGUGGUGGCCGGGGUUCUGAACAUGGUCACCGACCUCAUGGUCAUGUCACUGCCAAUCCCGUAUAUCUGGAAAUUACAGCUACCGGUCGGCCGGAAAGUGGGUUUGACCGCAGCUUUCACGCUGGGACUCUUCGUCAGCGCCAUUAGCAUGGUCCGCGUGGUCAGCCUCAUGCACAUCAAUUUCGCCGAUGUGACCUACACCUUGCCCAUUCCUUUGAUGUGGAGCAUUGUCGAAGAGCAAGUCGCCAUCGUCGCUGGUAAUUUACCUUUCCUCCGUCGUGUUUUCUCUGUGGUGCUUCCUGCAAGUUGGCUGGGCUCGUCAAGACGUGCGACGGCCGGGAGUUCGAAAAGGAGUGAGAAUAUAUCGGAGAGAACGAACAACAAAGAUCAAACCACCGAGACAACUAGGUGGAGUGAUGACGGUAUAGAUGGACGGUCAGAUACUGAGUUGGCGUCGAACGGAGCAGCUCCUGAUGGAAUUCAGACGUGGAAAGACUUCCGGUUUGAGUCCACAAUGUGA